AUGAUCACAUCGACCUCCUCUCCUACUCUACAUUCGAGCAGCUCCUCCUCCCCCUCACAUGCCUUCUCUCCUCGACUCCAGUAUGAAAACUCUUACCGAUCAAGACUCGUCCCGCCUGCUACCGGCAGACCUCGAAGCACCCCUCAGUACCCGCGGGCCCCGUCCGAUCCCCGGAUAUCUUCCGCCAAAUCCUCACCCACCACCCAGCGGUCCGAGACACCUGCAGCGGUGACAUCACAGAGCCAAGCAAGAGACACGGCGCACCUGCAUGCGGUACAGAUGGUGGAUGCCAGCACUCAGUACUCACCACGAGAGGAACCGAUAUUCUCCCAGAGCGUCUCUGCUUCUGGCGUAGCGAGACUGCGGCUGGAAUCCAACAAUCAACCUGCUGCUUAUGCACCGUCGCCAUUUGUGCCCGAAAGUCCCAAAGCGCCUGCUAUCGCACCUCGCACAUUGGGUCAGCCAAGAGCGGUUAUCCAUACAAAUAAUGCCACUCCAACCUCCACCCUCAACGCCACAGCAAAGCGUAGCACGGCAGACGUCUCCGCCGUGAGAACCUCACCUUCACUACGCGCUCCAUCAAUAUCGAAUAUUACCGGUCCCGAUAACGAACAAUCGGCGAAGCGCCUGCGGCCUCCCAACGCGGCGGUCAAGCUGAUGCCCAUGCAAUACGAACAUUGCGAUCCGAAAGACCUCGCGGUCUUGAUCUCUUCCAUGCUUAUGGAGCUGAUACGGUACAACGACACCAUCCCUUUGCGCGACGGUGCCCUUACCCGCUUCCAUUCUCGUGCUCCCCCCACCAUCUCCGUUUUGGAUUAUCUCCAACGUCUUACAACACACGCUACACUGUCCCCACCCAUCCUUCUAAGCAUGGUCUUCUACAUCGACCGUCUCUGCGCGCUCUAUCCCGCCUUUACCAUCUCAAGCCUCACCGUACAUCGAUUCCUAAUCACCAGCGCCACCGUGGCCAGCAAAGGCCUCAGCGACAGCUUCUGGACAAACAAAACCUAUGCACGCGUGGGCGGGGUCAAGUUGAAGGAGUUGGCGUUGCUGGAGUUGGAGUUUCUCUGGCGGGUGGAAUGGAGGAUCGUGCCUCGGCCGGAGGUGCUGGUGGAUUAUUACCGGAGUUUGGUAGACCGGAGUGAGGGUUAUGAGAUUGAUAUUACGGGCAAGCUAGAGGAUAGCAAGGCCUCAGCGGUAGCGGAAGGCAGCAUAUCGGCGGCGGCGGCAGCGGCGGCAGCGGCAGCUCAGUCACAGGAAGUACAGCAGAAUCCUACAUGA